UCUGUUUUAUUAUUUCGUCCUGUCCCUCUGUCCUCCUCCUGCAGAGGCAGCACGGAGCAGAGGAAGCUGCGUUCUCGUGACGCAGCCAGAUGUCGACGCAGUCAGGAGACGGAGGUGUUCUAUGAGCUCGCCCGCACUCUGCCGCUCCCCCGCAGGGUGUCCACCCACCUGGACAAAGCGGCCAUCAUGAGAGUCGCCCUCAGCUUCCUGCGCAUGCACCACCUCCUGCGGCCGAGUGAGAAUCAGAAAGAGGAGUCUGAAGAGGAAGAGAGUGACAUCAGGGAGGAGGAGGAGGAGGAAGAGGAGGAUCCAAUGGACGCUUUCUAUCCUCAGACGUUGGCUGGUUUCAUCAUGGUGAUGACGGAGGAAGGUGACGUGAUCUACCUGACGGAGAACAUCAGCAAACACAUCGGCAUCACACAGCUGGAGCUGCUGGGUCAGAGCGUCUACGACUUAGUUCAUCCGUGUGAUCAGGAGGAGCUCAGAGAUCUGUUGAGUCUACGUCCAAGUUCGAGUAAGAAAGAACAGAAACAUCAGAACGAGAGAAACUUCUUCCUGCGAAUGAAAAGCACACUGACCAGCAGGGGGCGCACAGUCAACAUCAAGUCUGCUACAUGGAAGGUUCUUCACUGCACCGGUCACAUGCGUCCCUUCGGUGGCAGCUCCACGUCGCCCCCUGCAGCCAGAGUGAUGACCCUGCUGUGUGAGCCCAUCCCUCACCCGUCCAGCGUGGAGUUCCCUCUGGACAGGUCCACCUUCCUCACCCGCCACAGCAUGGACCUGCGCUUCACUCACUGCGAGGGCAGGGUUACAGAGUUGGUGGGAUACCAACCUGAAGAUCUGAUUGGCCGUUCAGCCUACGAGUUCCAUCACGCGUUCGACUCCGAUCACGUGACCAAAAGCCUGCACACAUUGUUGACCAAAGGUCAGGUCAGCACCAGUCACUACCGUUUCCUGGCAAACAGCGGCGGCUUCGUCUGGGUCGAGACUCAGGCGACUGUUCUCUACAGCAGCAAGACGUCGCAGCCCGAAGCCAUCGUCUGCCUCAACUUCAUCCUCAGUUCUGUGGAGCAGCCAGACGUCGUUUUCUCUUCUGAGCAGAUCCGUUGCGUUCACCAGCCCAAAGCUGAACCCGACUCACCGCAGCUCACACCAGAGGAUUGUGGGUCACCUGACGUCUGUGACACUGAUGUUCCAAAUCAAACCAACUCCAGUGAGACUGAGGACACAGGUUCGAAUCCCAGCAGCGCUACAGAGCUGUUCUUCAGACUGCAGGAGAAGCCAGAGGGGCUUUUCCAGACGGCUGAUGACGACACGGACGCCAUCGCACCACUGACAGGAGGUUUUGUGGAGCUGUCGUUCGUCACUCCGCCCAGACCGGACUCGGUGCCCGACCACCCUCAGGAUCUGUGCACGCCACAGCUGCGACAACUCCUCACCCCCAUCUUCAACCCUCUCACACCUCCCUCGUCAUCAUCGCCAGCCUCUUCAUCUGAUCCCAGGGAGGACGACGUGAUGGACUCAAGCGAGGUGGAGAGGUUCUUUGCCAUUUGGCCAGAAAAUGUUCAACAGAAAGAAAAGACAGUGGAGAACAUGGAGGGGAUGGAUCUGGACAUGUUGGCUCCGUACAUCUCGAUGGACGAUGACUUCCAGCUGACCGCCUUCAGUAGUUUGUCCGAGGAAGUCGACAAACCUUCGUCGGAACCUUCAGCUGUGACUCCUGCAGCCACACUCAGCAGGAAACGGGCCCACAAUCCAGACGAGGAGCUUCUGUCUCAGCUGAUGAUUCAGGACAAGAGACAGAAACAAACUCCUUCGUCAACAGAAGAGGAACUUUUCCUCACUCACAGAUUACUGGACUGUCUGGGGGAACCCGACCAGUCAGAUCUGAUCUUAGACCUGGGACCAGGAGGUCGGAGUCAGCUCCUCACAGACAGAGACCCCGUUUUAGGAGGCGUUCAGGGGCUUUGUGAAACUGCAGCUCUGAUGAGGGACAUAUUCGAUCCUCGCCCUCCUGACCUGUUGCCACCUCUGUCGCCCUUGACUUGAUGGAGCUCCCGUCGGUUCAGAGCUUGGCGCUCGACUCAAGUGCUCGAAGAGAGAAAGUCGACACGGGAUCUACAGCAGCCUGAGCGCACAUAUACAAAUGUAACACGCCAAAAACAUGUACGCACCCGAACAUAGACUCACAUACGCUGUAUCACUUUGCUGGAGGGCUCGACCAGGAAACUCCACUUUCUCUGACUGUGGAACGAGAACCAGUCACUGGUGACGUCCACUUUUUUAAUGAGCGUUUUCCAUCUACAUUUAUAUUCAUCAAUGAUUUCAUGUGUGAAAUCAUCAAGGGUCAAUCUCUCUUGUGGACAACAGGUGGUGCUGAAACCUUUCAUUCAGAGGACGUGAAGAGAACCUGGACACGUGUUUUUCUAUGCAGCUAAAUUUAGCACAACUUUAAACCUUCGAUGGAAGAAAUCAUCAUUUGAAUACGUACAGCAUCUCCCAUAAUGCUCUGCUUUGACAACUUUUCUGCCCUUAUUGUUUUUUGCUCGCACAAACAAAUAUCAGUGGCAUCGUUUAUUUCAGUGGCAUUUUUAUACCCUCAUGCUUCAUCUUUGUUUUCUUGGAUGAUUCAUUUACUGUAAAGAGUUUUAAUCUGGGGAUUUUAUUUCUGUGUUUCCUGAAAUGAGUCGGGCGUCUGAAGGUCAGUCAUGUGUUUGUCCUCGUGAUGUCAACGGAUUCAUCUCAUAUCACAACACUCCUGUUCGUGAACGUGAGGCGAGAGCUCAGAGGAACUUCAGUAAACUUCACCUGUGACCUCUGUUGCAAACACACAUGACACAGAGGAAUCAAACAACACAUGCAACAUGUCGCUCUCUGCAGAUUUGAUUCUGCUUUUUAUCAUAUGUCUAUAACCUGAUCAACUGUCAGUAGAAUUCAUAUAUUUGAUUAAACACUAGUAUUCAUGUUUCUAUCAUCUAUACGUUUGAAUUUCACGACUUUUAACAAACUGUGCCUCGAGUUAUAAAGGCUGAAAGUAGACAAGUGUUUUUCAGGCAGUGAUUUGUUUCCACACUGAAAUGUGGAUUGUUUUGUUAUUUUAACUCUAAAUAAACCCUUAAACAGCAAAAUGUCCAGAUUCACUGUGAAAGAGCAUCUUGUUUAUUUCAGAGCUGUUCUCCUGUUGCCCUGUGAGCCUCUAAUCCUCCAGUCAAAUACAUAUGAAUUAAGGUUUUUCUUCCUGACACAGGAUCCGUUCGAAACGUCCCUGUUGAUUUUUAACGCGGGAGAAUAUUAACCAUGUUUUAUUUUUAUCUCUUCAUCCUGUUUGUGUUCUGGAGUUCUGAAUAAAGCUGUUGAAGCAGAA